AUAAAGGAGGCAGCGCGGCUCCGCCUCAGGGACUUCGAUGUCGGAGACAAAUUCUCCCACUUGCCGCUGCCCAAAGCCUCGGUGCUGCUGCCGCUGGUGGUGCGGGAGGGGACGCUGCACCUGCUGCUCACUGUCCGCUCCAUGCAGCUGAGAAGAUCACCAGGGGAAGUGUGUUUUCCAGGAGGUAAAAGUGAACCAACUGAUAAAGAUGAAAUUGAUACUGCUCUCCGAGAAGCUAAAGAAGAAGUGGGACUCCAGCCAGAGAAGGUGGAAGUCAUCUGUAGGCUUGUGCCUGGAAUUGAUAAAAUGAAUCACUUGGUAACACCAGUCGUAGGAUUUAUAGAGGAUACAUUCCAGGCCACUCCUAAUCCAGAUGAAGUGAGUGAUGUUUUUGUCGUGCCACUGGAGUACUUUGUCAAGCCCUUAAAUUACAAGACCUUGCCUUACAAAACCUCCUCUGGUUACUUCAGUCGGAUGCACUGCUUCACCUAUGAUGACCAUGAACAUAAAACGUCCUUCAGGAUAUGGGGACUGACUGCACACUUUGCUCUAUUUCUUGCUCUUGUAAUUUUUGGAAAGAGACCUACCUUUGAAGUUGAUUAUGAUCUUGACAACUUACUUUCAUCCUCUGAGAAUAACUUCAUGAAUUUAUAUGCAUCCUUGUAUGAAAGAAAGAAGAGUAAUCUAUGACAAGCUGGUCUG